AUGGAUAAGGAGUGGACGAAAUUUCCAAGGAUUAGUAAUGAGUAUAUAAAGGGUGUUGAAUCAUUUCUUGAUUUUGCUUACACAAGAGGAAGACCUCAAGGACGUGAGAUUUUAUGCCCAUGUGCUAAAUGUAAAAAUUGUAUUUGGGCUAGACGACAUGUGAUCAACGAACAUCUAAUUAUCACAGGAUUUCUUGAAGGGUAUGAUCUUUGGGUCCAUCAUGGAGAAGAAAUACCUUCGCCCACUAGUAAAGAUGAAGACAUGAUAGAUAAUGAAGAUUCACAUGAUGAUAUUAAUGCCUUAUUGUAUGAUACAUUUAGAAAUGUGGUAGAAGAAAAAGAAGGCAAAGAGGGUCCUCACGAUGAAGCUAAAAAGUUCUACCAAUUGAUUAAUGAUGCAAAUCAAGAACUCUACCUUGGAUGUGAAAGCUUCUCCACUUUAUCUUUUAUCAUUCGGCUAUAUUUAUUAAAGUGUCUUCAUGGUUGGAGCAAUUCUUCAUUCACUGACCUCUUACAACUACUAAAAGAGGCCAUGCCUAACUUGAAUAUUCCUGAAUCUUUCAACAAAACGAAGAGCAUGAUUACUGAUUUAGGUCUUGAUUAUAAAAAGAUUCAUGCAUGUCCAAAAGAUUGCAUGUUAUUUUGGAAAGACAAUGAGAAUUUAGAUGUUUGUAGUAUCUGUAAAUCUUCACGAUGGAAAGAAUUUCCUGAAGCCAAUUCUGAGGUUGAGGGCCCAAAAUAUCAGCAUAAAGUUCCUGCCAAAGUAUUGCGGCACUUUCCAUUGAUUCCUAGACUUCAAAGACUGUUUAUGUGUUCGAAGACUGCUGAGUUAAUGAGGUGGCAUGAAGAAGAACGAGUAAAGGAUGGAAAAUGA